GUAUCUCGGUAGCAGCGAAGAUGCAGUCGUCAUUGGAUGAUUUAGUGCAAUAUACGCAGCUUUUCAAGCCUGUGUCCACUGUACUGCAAGGGACCGUUCUUCCCUUCUUGGUUAUUUACCCGGCGGUGUUCUACUCUUGGAUUGUAGUGUACGGAUUUGAGGAUAAUUUCGAAGCUGGAUUUCUGACGGUAGCGGUGGUGGCCGUCGUACAAAUUCUAAUUUGCCUCUGUUGUUACUGGAGCGUUCACAUUAAUUGCUUCCUGUCCUGUUCGUCGGCUAAAGAUCCCCUACAAGCUGAGAUAGUGAAGGUUGUUCCAACACCAAAUAAUGGAUUUUCAGAAGUAGUAAAACUUCAUCAUACCAAGUCUACCAACAAAGAAAGCACAGUACCAGAUGUAUGGUUUAUGUUCCAAAAGAGCAAGUAUGUUUUCAACUGGCAAAAAAAUGGCUUUGAAACUGUGAAAUUCCCAGUUAAUAAACAGUAUGAAGAGUACAUGGAGUCUAAAGGAUAUGCAGAGGACGAAGCUAUUGAGGUGGCAGAGAAAGAGUAUGGCAAGAAUGAAAUGGUUAUGGUGGUCCCAGAAUUUAUGGAACUAUUCAAAGAAAGAGCCACCGCACCUUUCUUUGUCUUCCAAGUGUUCUGUGUGGCUCUCUGGUGCCUGGACAAGUACUGGUACUACUCCAUAUUCACCCUCAUCAUGCUCAUCAUGUUUGAGUGCACCCUCGUCCACCAGCAGCUGAGGAACAUGGCCGAGAUCAGGAAAAUGGGGAACAAACCAUACAACAUCAAUGUGUACAGAAACCGCAGGUGGCGGAUGAUCAUGAGCGACCAACUGCUGCCAGGUGACAUAGUCUCCAUCACUAGGUCCAUGAAUGAGAACUUGGUUCCCUGUGACAUCCUGCUGUUAAGGGGAUCCUGCAUAGUUGAUGAGUCCAUGUUGACAGGAGAAAGUGUCCCGCAAAUGAAAGAAGCUCUGGAGAAUGUGAAAGACCUCAAACAAAACCUAGAUCCAGAAGGCGAUGGAAAGUUACACAUGCUUUACGGUGGAACUAAAAUAGUUCAGCAUUCUUCACCUGGCAAAAUUAGUACCAGUGGCCUCAAAGCUCCCGACAAUGGCUGCAUUGGUUAUGUGCUGCGCAAUGGCUUCAACACCUCCCAAGGAAAACUUCUAAGGACCAUUUUGUUUGGUGUGAAGAGAGUCACUGCCAAUAAUUUAGAAACAUUCGGUUUUAUAAUGUUCCUGCUAAUAUUCGCAGUCGCCGCUGCGGCGUACGUGUGGAUCAAAGGUUGUGAGGACCCUGAGAGAAACAGAUACAAACUAUUUUUAGAAUGUACACUAAUCUUAACGUCAGUAGUGCCUCCGGAGCUGCCUAUAGAACUGUCGCUAGCCGUGAACACGUCAUUGCUAUCGUUGUCUAAGUUAGCGGUAUUUUGUACUGAACCGUUUAGGAUACCUUUCGCUGGUAAAGUAGAGAUUUGUUGUUUCGAUAAGACUGGAACGUUGACUAGUGAUAACUUGGUGGUUGAGGGUGUGGCGGGGAUCGGUUCGCACAAAGACGCAACGGUUAUUCCGCUGUCUGAGGCACCUCUAGAGACAGUGCAGGUCCUCGCCUCGUGUCACUCGCUCGUGCAACUAGACGACGGAGUGGUCGGAGAUCCUCUGGAAAAAGCCACAUUGAAGGCCGUAGAGUGGAACCUGACGAAAGGAGAAGCAGUUGUCCCGAAGAAAGGCAAGUCGCCCGGCCUCAAGAUCAUUCAUAGGAACCACUUCGCGAGCGCGCUCAAGCGAAUGUCAGUUAUAGCUGGCUACCAGAUCAAUGAAAGAGGUUUCAUGGAGACCCACUACAUCAGCAGCGUCAAGGGAGCCCCGGAAACCAUCAAACCGAUGUUGAAAGAAGUUCCUAGUCACUACGACGACGUCUACCUCACGUUGUCCAGAAGGGGAGCAAGAGUCCUAGCUUUAGGUUAUAGAAACUUAGGUAAACUAACCUCUCAAGAGAUAAGGGAUAUGUCGCGCGAAGACAUCGAGUCCGGAUUAACGUUUGUCGGAUUCGUGAUCAUAUCUUGCCCGCUCAAGACCGAUUCCAAGAGAGCUAUAGCAGAGAUAGUAAACGCCUCACAUUCCGUAGUUAUGAUAACUGGUGAUAACCCGCUCACUGCCUGCCACGUGGCCAAGGAGUUGAAGUUUACUCAGAAGCCGGAGGUUUUAGUUCUGAGUGAGCUGGAAAAUGAUUGGGGCUGGAAAUCGAUAGAUGAUUCGAUCAAGCUGCCGGUCCAGCCUUACAAAACUAGUAAAGAGUUGACGUCCAAAUACGACUUGUGCAUAACGGGUGAAGGGCUAACAUUCCUGAAUCAGACUCAUCGUAAGUUCCUGUUGGAGAUCAUAUCUCAUAUCAAAGUGUUCGCGAGGUUUGCUCCGAAGCAGAAGGAGUUUGUGGUUGUGACGCUUAAGUCUCUGGGAUACUGCACGCUCAUGUGCGGAGAUGGGACCAACGAUGUGGGGGCGCUGAAGCAUGCUGAUGUGGGCGUGGCUAUCUUAGCGAACGCACCCGAGCGUCUCCGAGAAAAGCCGAAGGCAGAAGAGGCGCGGGCGCGUCGACCAAUCACGACGCGCGCCGAGGCCGCCGCCGAGGCUCGUGCUAGACUCAUCAAGAAGAUGGAGGAGGAAGACCAACCGCAGCUGGUCAGGCUGGGGGACGCGAGUGUGGCCGCACCCUUCACCAGUCGCUUGUCUAGUAUACUUUGUAUCUGCCACAUAAUCAAGCAAGGCCGCUGCACGCUCGUCACGACUCUCCAGAUGUUCAAGAUCCUGGCCCUCAACGCUCUGAUCCUGGCGUACAGUCAGUCGGUGUUGUACCUCGACGGGAUCAAGUUCAGUGACACGCAGGCCACGUUGCAGAGCUUGCUGUUGGCCUCGUGCUUCCUUUUUAUAUCUAGGUCUAAGCCGCUAAGCAAGCUGUCCAAAGAGCGUCCCCUGCCGAACAUCUUCAACGUGUACACCAUCAUGACGGUGCUCACGCAGUUCGCAGUGCACUUCGUGUGUCUGGUGUACCUGGUGAAUGAGGCUACGAUACGGUCGCCUGAUAGAGACACUAAACCUCAGCUGGACAUGGACCUGUCGGACGACGAGGAGCGGCAGUUCGCGCCGGACCUGCUCAACAGCACGGUCUACAUCAUCUCCAUGGCGCUGCAGAUAUCCACCUUCGCUAUCAACUACCGGGGCGAGCCCUUCAUGGAGGGUCUCCGCGAGAACAAGCCUCUCCUCUACAGCAUCGUGGUCUCCGGCGGCGUGGUGCUGGCGCUGGCGGCCGGCGCGCUGCCCGACCUGUCCAGCAUGUUCGAGAUCGUCUACUUCCCGCCCGACUACCGAGUGAUCCUGGUGCAAGUGCUGAUCGCAGACAUGGUGUUCGCGUACCUGGUGGACCGCGCCUGCCUCUGGCUGUUCGGCGAGAGGACAUAGCGCCGCGCCAAAACGCAGCCGCCAUCUUGUGUCCGCCAUUUUAUCCUGUAUCUGUGUCAAAGAGUAUUCUAAACGGCAUUUAAUAAAUAGAUAGGAUAAUUAAGGUGUUCGGUAUUUUCUUUAGACUAGUACUUUUUGCUAGCUAGUUCCCAAUUGUUGUAUUUUUUUGUUCGAAUAACAAUUUGUAAUUGCGGUCGAUUUAUUGCGCCGUAUGAAUAAAUGAGUAUGUUUCGAAUUAAACGGUUGUAAGUAUUUUUUUCUUGACUAUUGGUAGCUAGUUACAAAAUGCGUAGUUUUUGCAUCGUUUUCCAGUCGUAGUAUUGCUGAUGAAUACAUUUAAUGUACUAGGUAUAUGUAUUUGUAAUAUCCGUUGUAUGUACUGAUAAUAACCGUUUUAUUAUUGCAACACUGCCAAGUGAGUUACCUAUUACACCGUAUGGUAUUUGUAAGAGCUCGAAUGUCUAAGCAAAUUUAACUAGGUACUAGAUACUCUUAUUUUUCUGUGGUUAUCUGAAAUAAUUCGAACAGUUCAUUCAUUAUUUAUAGGUAUAUAUUGUGCACUAUUGGCCAUUCCUAUAAAUAUGUAUGAAGUUACUUUUCUACUAUUAAUCUUUGACACAUUUACUCAAGUGGUUUUAAAACAAACUUAUAGUGGUUGUAUGGGACUGAGUGAAAGCUCAAAUAAGCAUUUAAAAUAAAGCAAUGGUGUCCAUAAAAAUAUAAGAAGUAUUAUGAAACUUGUGACUGUCACUUUUGCUAAUUUUAUGAAAUAUAUAUGUGUCGUAAAACCUUAAUAUAGUCUUUCUAUCAUUCAUGCUUUUGUACUGAGAUAUUUAAGGACAUUAGGUCACUACAAAAUAAAAUGCCAAAAACUUU